AGCUAAAAAAUAAGAAUCCGAACUCAAAUUACAAGUAACGUGGGUCGGGAGGAAAUCUGAUCCUCUUAUCUUCACCACACACAACACACGGAGGAUACCUCCCAUUUGGAUGUGGGUCAUUCCAAUUCCAACAGAUUGAAAUUCAAGUUACACACACUACACACACUAUCUCUUGAGUUGAACAUGGCUGGGAUAGUCGGAACUUCCUCCACUGCUGCAAUCUUUGCCUCGAGGCUCGUUUCUUCUCACUCAUCAAUAACUCCCUCUUUCUCCCUCCAACUAUCUCCUGGGCUGAGUUCAGGGAGGAAAUUCUACGGAGGAGUUGCAGUCCCCUUCAAGAAAGGGCGCUCUCAUUUACAUGUCUCAAUUUCCAAUGUCGCCACGUCUCCUGCUCAACAAGAGGUUCAGAAGCUAGCUUCUUCAAAGGAGAACCAGAGGCCAGUUUAUCCAUUUGCAGCUAUAGUUGGGCAGGAUGAGAUGAAACUGUGCCUGUUGUUGAAUGUGAUUGAUCCCAAGAUAGGAGGGGUGAUGAUCAUGGGCGAUAGGGGGACUGGAAAGUCUACGACUGUUAGAUCUUUAGUCGAUUUACUCCCUGAAAUCAAAGUUGUCUAUGGGGAUCCAUUUAACUCGGAUCCAGAGGAUGCUGAGGUGCAGGGGCCAGAAGUACGUGACAAAGUCAUGAAAGGCGAACAACUCCCUGUUGUUUCGACCAAAAUCAAUAUGGUUGAUUUGCCUUUGGGUGCCACGGAAGAUAGAGUUUGUGGUACCAUCGACAUUGAGAAAGCUCUUACUGAAGGCGUGAAGGCGUUUGAGCCUGGUCUCCUGGCAAAAGCUAACAGAGGAAUUCUGUAUGUUGAUGAGGUUAAUCUUUUAGAUGACCAUUUAGUAGAUGUUCUGUUGGAUUCUGCUGCCUCGGGUUGGAACACUGUGGAAAGAGAGGGAAUCUCGAUUUCACACCCAGCCAGGUUCAUACUCAUUGGAUCUGGAAAUCCAGAAGAGGGAGAACUGAGGCCGCAGCUUCUUGAUCGUUUUGGAAUGCACGCCCAAGUUGGAACAGUGAAGGAUGCCGAGCUCAGGGUGAAGAUAGUUGAGGAGAGAGCACGAUUUGACAAGAAUCCUAAAGAAUUCCGGGAGUCCUACAUAGCAGAGCAAGAGAAACUCCAGCAACAAAUUGACUCGGCCAGGAGUGCCCUACCCUCCGUUACAUUAGAUCAUGAUCUUCGAGUAAAAAUCUCCAAGGUCUGUGCUGAGCUCAAUGUGGAUGGGUUGAGAGGUGAUAUAGUUUCCAAUAGGGCAGCAAAAGCAUUGGCUGCUCUCAAAGGAAGAGAUAAAGUAACAGCAGAGGACAUUGCAACUGUCAUCCCCAACUGCUUAAGACACCGACUUAGAAAGGAUCCUCUGGAGUCAAUCGACUCGGGCUUACUCGUGAUUGAGAAAUUCUACGAAGUUUUUACCUGAGGGAGGUAAAUUUUUAUCUUUUUUUCCAGUGCAAGGUUUAUCUUUGGUAUGAAGGUUUUUGUACUCGACUAUUCAAUUUUGGAGCUGCAAAACAAACAGAAAGCUCAAACUAUUUUGUGGUUGAGCAUCAUGACCUAUUGUAUUGAUGAAACUUUGAGUUACAUGAUGUUGAUAGACAAGAACUCUAGAUGCUAUAAUCCAAGAAUAUAUUUGGUGGAAUGAAGUUGAUUGGUAAGAAUUUGUUGGAA